AUGGCUAGCACGAGCAAUGCAGCUGGGAGCUCGAACAACCCACGAUCAUUUGAAAGCAUCAUGAGGAGAAUGAACAGAAACAGAGAAGCUCGUUUGCCAGAUUGGUGUUUCUGCGGGUCAAGACCGGUGCUGCGGUGGUCAGGGACGAAUUCUAAUCCAGGGAGACCGUUCCUGGGUUGCCCAAACUACAAUAUAGUGGGUAAGAAAUGGUGUGGAUUGUUUUUGUGGGUUGAUAAAGUUUUGGAAGAUGCCAUGCCAUGUGAUGAUAGAAUAAGAAGUUCAGUUGAUGAUGAGGAAUGGAAGAUGAAGAUGGCUUGGAAAUUUGGUAAAUUAGAAGCUGAAAUUAGGAUUCUAAAAAUGGGGGAAAUUUUGAUGUUUGUGUUGAUGCUGCUGAUUGUAAUUGAAAUGGAAAUUAAGGUGUUUGAUUAUAUGCAUACUUCUGUUCCUGGACUUCUUUUCAAUGAAAUAGAAAUGGACAGCACUUGA